AUGACGAGCGCCUUCAAUUUGGACGCCUUUGGGAACAGCACAACGCCUUCUCUAGAAGCCGUCGAUACGGCAAUAUCGGAUACCUUGCGCUCCUUAAACGCCGAGCACUUCAGUCAGGCGACUCAGAAUAACAGCACCGUUGUCAACACCCUCGAAACAUCGUUUACGCGCGACUUCAGUUCUAUGACGGCAUUGAGUGGUGGACUGGCGUCGCCUCACAGCAAUCAGGGGCUCUACCCGACUCCGAUCUGGACAUCGAAAAAUCUCAGCUCACCGAAUGCACCAUCGGAUGUGCCGCGAUCGCCUUCAAGCUCCGACGGCAGACAGUCGACGAUCACAGCCUCUCCGUACUUGCCCGAUCUCUGUCUAGGCCCCCCUAAAAAGACUGUCAAUUUGGACUCGAUUCUGUCAACCGCCAUGCCCUCGACUGAUCGCAGUCCCGCGUUGCAAGAACUCAAAAUAGGCGCACCUCAAGGCUUCUAUGGUUCACAACUACCCAGAGAUACGCCUUCAAAUUCGUUUGGCGCCCAUUGCCACCGUCAGUUCGAUUCUGGUCCGGGCAAUUUCCAGGCCCCUCCAUUGAACGACAUUAUUAGCCUCCCUGAACUUGACCUUGAUGCAAGCGGACUGGAAACCUUAGGUAGCUCUUUCUGGAACGACUCAAUUGCCAAAUCCUCCCAACAUUCGACAUCAACGCCUAGGCAGUCCAUUCAAGGUGCUGGAGAAGUGA